UCUGAAACCGGAAGACUGGACGACAGGCGAGAAAAAGAAAGAGCAAGGGCUCUUUGGAGGUUUAACCCCGCUUCCGCCUACUGGGAGGAGAGAGGAGAUGGUUCAGUGAUAGGCGAAAAGAUGAGAAGAGAGAAAACAGGAGAGAUAAAGACAGGAUAAAAAUCACAGUGAAAAUGAAAAAUCAAAACCACAGUGAGGCCAAGAAAGGGACAGAGCAUAAAAGAGAAAAACACACGAAGCAAAAGACAAGGAAAACAACCGCAGGACAAAGCAAGUGAGAAAUGGCCAGUCAAUCACAGGGUAUCCAGCAGCUCCUGCAAGCCGAGAAGCGGGCGGCUGAGAAGGUGGCAGAUGCCAGAAAGAGGAAGGCCCGGCGUCUGAAGCAGGCAAAGGAGGAGGCACAGAUGGAAGUGGAGCAAUACCGCAGAGAGAGAGAGCAGGAAUUCCAGAGCAAGCAGCAGGCAGCCAUGGGCUCCCAAGGGAAUCUGUCAGCUGAGGUGGAGCAGGCUACAAGGCGCCAGGUGCAGGGCAUGCAGAGCUCCCAGCAGAGAAGCCGCGAACGUGUCCUGGCCCAGCUUCUUGGCAUGGUCUGUGACGUCAGGCCCCAGGUCCACCCCAACUACCGGAUUGCUGCCUAGGACUCACCCUAGGGCCUGACUCCUCCUGCCAGUUCCCUCCUGCAAAGAAAUCCCCAAGUCAAAAUCAACUCCCACCAUAAUCCUUUCUCUCCCUUGCAUUACCUAGAAAUUCUAGGAAGCAGGAUCCAAUAAUUCUCCUGUGAAAUUUAUAAAUAUCUUGCUCAGACCUGAAUCUCCUUAUUGUUCUUUCACUGGGAGCUUGGAAACUGCCAAGUCACCCUCACCCAGCCCCUCUGUGAAAUUUGUAGCAUGGAGAAGUAGGGAUGUGGAAAACACUCUGACUUCAGAGCCUGGCAGGCUCAGGUCCCUCUUCUGACCCUGCCACUUGCUGGCUGGGCAACAAGAGCAAGCUACUUAAACUGUAACCCCAGUGUCCUUUGCAAGGUUGGAAUAAUAAUAAUAAUGCCUACCUUGCAGGGGUGUUGCAUUGAUUAGGAAUCAUUCUAUAAAGAGCCUAGCAUGGUUUCCAGCGUGUAGUAGCUGUGAUUCAAUAAAUGGCAAACCUGUAAUAUUAUUACUACCCUCUGCCCACCUGAAACCUAAACACAGCUGUUUUCUCACUUCUGUCUGUGGCUUUGUAAUUCUACUCAUUCAUUCUGUGACCCUAGAAAUUCUCUAAAAAAUUGGUUCUUCCCACCUCUCUUUCCCCAGAGACCUUAUUAUCUCUGAAAAGAUGAAAUGAUGGCCUCGUUUAGCCUCUCUUCUGUGGUUCCAGAAAGAUGUUUGCAUUUCUUAGCCUCUCUUUCUGUCUCUCUUAAUUUGGUCUUUCUCUUUAUUGGAUUUCCCCGCUUUUCCUGUUUCCCCAAAGACCCAUCAGAUGCUUAUUACUGCUUCCUGAGAUCUAAAGUGAUGCUGUGUCCCCUCAUGUGCAUGGCCUUCCUUUCUACAUCCUCAACACCUUACUUUCCCUUUGUAACAAUAAAAAAGUGUCAAUAAAAUAAUUAUGGGCAAAUCAAUUGCUG